AUGGUCGGGGCCUACUUACUUUUUCUUCUUGGCUCCAUCGUGACGUCCCACGCCUUCCACUGCCCCUACGUAGACGGCAAGUAUCCGCACGAGGUGGAAUGUAACGUCUUCUACAAGUGUCACGGAGGCAGGCACCACCUGUACAACUGUCCGCCCGGCUACUACUACAACAUCGCCAUUGACGACUGCGACAGACCGCAGAACGUGCUCGACUGUGUGGAAGGUCACAGAAUAGACAGCUACAGACAGAAGAUCAACGAGAGGAUAGCAAAUCCCAAAGCUUCGAAAUAUCAAAACUGGUUUCACUGCCCCGACGACGGCAACUUCGCCCACCCAACUGACUGCCGCUACUACUACUGGUGCAUCAAUGGAGUGGCCGAGAAGCAGGCCUGUCCCCCGGGAACCAUGUUCAGCAGCCGUGAAAACCUCUGUACCUGGCCCAACCUCGUCACGGAGUGCAGCCGAGAUGGCACGCGAAACGGAGGUGACGUCUACGUAGCUUCAGGUCUUGAAAGUGUUGGUGCUGUAAGGACAAAGCGUGAAGCAGACACACCCAAAGUUGCAACCUUUCAGUCGAUACACCACACUAUCAAAUGUAAUAACGAAACUGGCUACUACCCUCACCCCCGGCUGUGCACCAUUUACUUCUGGUGUGUAGGCUUCCGCCACCUCAUCCAGCGCUGUCCGCCUAAUACGUUAUUCAGCGCCGAGGAGAACGUAUGCACGUGGCCCCACUUGGCAGAGGGCUGUGACAUCUACACUGGCGAACGAAUAAGGGGCGCCAGUUACAGUAACAAAGAAAUAGAACACAGAACAAAACGAAGUGAAGAAAACGUGAAAGUGGACACGUAUCAGGGAUGGCGUAAUCAUUUCGAGUGUCCUGAAGAAUCGGGCUACUACCCGCACGAAGAAGACUGCAAUGUCUUCUACUGGUGCGUCAACUGGCAACACCAGCUAUCCAACUGCGCUCCUGGCUCGUUCUUCAACGACGUCGUAAAGGCGUGCACGUGGCCAAGGGAAGUUCCGGAAUGUGACGAGCACGAUGGACACAGACUCCAAUCGUACAGAAACAAAGGACUUUCAAAGAGACACAGAAGAAGCGAAGGUGAAAUUCCAAAAGCUGUCACCUUCCAAUCCCUGGACGCCAAGUCUGUUUGUCCGGAAGACUACGGCUACUUCCCUCACCCGACAGACUGCAAGAAGUACUACUGGUGUCUGGGGCCAAUCGCGUACGAGCAAACUUGUUCCGGCGAACUCCUCUUUGAUCCGGUCAUCACCAGGUGUUCCUGGAAACACACGAUUCAAGGAUGUGACUCCAAUGGAAGACGCACGUCGCCGUAUAUCGCUAAAGGAAUCGGCAGAAGCAAGCGGAGUCCAGCACUCAACCAAGGAGGUUAUGGUCCUGACGUAUUCACAUGUCCACAAAUGGACGGAACCUACAGACAUAGAACCAACUGCAGUAUUUUCUAUACUUGCAAAAACGGACAUCCUACACAAUUCACCUGCAACCUUGGCUCCGUUUUAAACCCGGUUAGAAACAACUGUGAUUGGCCGAAAAAUGUGCCAGACUGUGACCCACGCGGCGUUAGAAUCGGGACUCUACCCGAUCCACCAAAAGAGGAAGAGAAGAAACGAAAACCAAGAAGCACACACAGACAUACUGAUGCAGGUGUGUAA